GGCUAGGCUGCGCGCGCGGGGCGGCUGGCUAAACUUCACCAAAUAAUAGCUGGCUGGGCUUUGGCUGCCGCAGGAGCCAUUUUAGGAUGGACAGUGAAAAAAGCAGAGGAUCGCAAGAAAAGAAGGGGUGUUCUUGUGGAAGUAACAUUCAUCCUCAAGUUGAUGAUAAUGAAAAUACAGAAGAAAGAAAAGCAGCUGUCUCAUUCCCUGAUGUCUGGCGCCUCACUCCCUUGCGAGUACAAACCCCAGGCCCCCUUUGCCAUCAGCGCCGAUCGGGAGGACCUGUGUCCCCACGUGAACAUUGCAGACUUGGCCAGUCACUACCAGCGCCCGGAGGAGGAGCCCGGCGAGGCUGUACAGAAGAGGACGCCAUCCCAGAAUGGCAUGCAGGACAGUGGGGGUGGAGGCACCGGGGUGAAGAAGAAACGGAAGAAAAAGGCCCCGGGGGAGUUGGAAGUGGGGGAGAAAGGAGCCUUGGAGAGAGAAAUGAAACCAAAGAGGAAGAGAGAGCCCAAAGAGCCAAAGGAGCCCAAGAAACCCAGGGAGCCCAAGAAACCCAGGGAGCCCAAGCAGAAGGAGGCAGCCAAGAAACCCAGGAAACCCCGGGAGGCCAAAGCCCCCAAGGAGCCUAAGGAAAAGAAGAGCAGCACUGAGCCGGCCCCCAAGGCAAAGCCCAGAAAGGCCAGCAAGGAGCAAGGACCAACCCCUGUGGAGAAGAAGAAGAAAGGGAAAAGGAAAAACGAGAUCCCAGUGGAGAGUUUGGAAUCGGAUCAAGGCCUCCUGAGCCCAUCUCUGCAGAGCCCCGAGGAGUCUGCUGAGUCGGCCGACAGCCAGAAGCGCCGUUCAGGCCGCCAGGUGAAGCGGAGGAAGUACAACGAGGACCUGGAUUUCAAAGUGGUGGAUGACGAUGGCGAGACGAUAGCAGUGCUGGGAGCUGGGCGAGCCUCUGCGCUCUCCGCGUCUACGCUGGCAUGGCAGGCAGAGGAGCCCCCUGAGGAUGAUGCCAACAUCAUUGAGAAGAUCCUCGCCUCCAGACUGGUGCAGAAGGAGGUUCACCCAGGCGGCCUGGCCUAUGAGAUGGAGGAAUUCUACGUCAAGUACAGGAACUUCUCCUACCUGCACUGCAAGUGGGCGACGCUGGAAGAGUUGGAGAAGGACCCCAGGAUCUCUCAGAAGAUAAAGCGCUUUCGGAACAAGCAGGCCCAGAUGAAGCAUAUCUUCACGGAGCCUGAUGAGGAUUUGUUCAACCCAGACUACGUGGAGGUGGAUCGGAUCCUGGAGGUGGCUCACACGAAGGACUCUGACACCGGGGAGGAGGUGACCCACUACCUGGUCAAGUGGUGCUCGCUGCCGUACGAGGAGAGCACCUGGGAGCUGGAGGAAGACGUUGACCCCGGAAAAAUCAAAGAGUUCGAGUCCUUGCAGAUCCCACCAGAGAUCAAACAUGUGGAGCGCCCCGCUUCCGAGUUCUGGCAGAAACUGGAGAAGUCACGGGACUAUAAGAAUAGCAACCAGCUGCGGGAGUACCAGUUGGAGGGGAUGAACUGGCUGCUCUUUAACUGGUACAACAGGAAGAACUGCAUCCUGGCGGAUGAGAUGGGCUUGGGGAAGACGAUCCAAUCGAUCACCUUCCUUUCUGAGAUCUUCCUGAUGGACAUUCAUGGUCCCUUCCUCAUCAUCGCGCCGCUCUCCACCAUCACCAACUGGGAGCGGGAGUUCCGCACCUGGACGGAGAUGAAUGCCAUCGUGUACCACGGCAGCCAGAUCAGCAGGCAGAUGAUCCAGCAGUACGAGAUGGUGUACAGGGACGCGCAGGGUAACCCUCUUCCAGGGAUCUUCAAAUUCCAUGUGGUGAUCACCACCUUCGAGAUGAUCCUGGCCGACUGUCCCGAGCUGAAGAAGAUACAGUGGCGCUGCGUGGUCAUCGACGAGGCCCAUCGGCUGAAGAACAGGAACUGCAAGCUGCUGGAGGGGCUGAAGCUCAUGGCUCUGGAACACAAGGUGCUGUUGACCGGGACGCCCCUGCAGAACUCAGUGGAGGAGCUCUUCAGCCUGCUGAACUUCCUAGAGCCCCAGCAGUUCCCCUCGGAGACGGCGUUCCUGGAGGAGUUCGGGGACCUGAAGACAGAGGAGCAGGUGAAGAAGCUGCAGUCAAUCCUGAAGCCCAUGAUGCUGCGGCGGCUGAAGGAUGAUGUGGAGAAGAACCUAGCGCCCAAGCAGGAGACCAUCAUUGAGGUGGAGCUGACCAACAUCCAGAAGAAAUACUACCGGGCCAUCCUGGAGAAGAACUUCUCCUUCCUGUCCAAGGGCGCCAACCAGCACAACAUGCCCAACCUCAUCAACACCAUGAUGGAGCUGCGCAAGUGCUGCAACCACCCCUAUCUCAUCAAUGGGGCGGAGGAGAAAAUCCUGGAAGAUUUCCGUAAGUCGCACAGCCCAGAGGCGCUGGACUUCCAGCUGCAGGCCAUGAUCCAGGCGGCUGGCAAGCUGGUGCUGAUUGACAAGCUGCUGCCCAAGCUGAUCGCCGGUGGGCACAAGGUGCUGAUCUUCUCCCAGAUGGUGCGCUGCCUGGACAUCCUGGAGGACUAUCUCAUCCAGAGGCGAUACACCUACGAGCGCAUUGACGGGCGGGUGCGUGGGAACUUGCGCCAGGCUGCCAUCGAUCGCUUCUGCAAACCAGACUCAGACCGCUUCGUCUUCCUCUUGUGCACCAGGGCAGGAGGCCUGGGCAUUAACCUCACAGCUGCCGACACCUGCAUCAUCUUCGAUUCGGACUGGAACCCACAGAACGACCUCCAGGCGCAGGCACGCUGCCACCGGAUCGGGCAGAGCAAGGCCGUGAAGGUCUAUCGCCUCAUCACCAGGAACUCCUACGAGCGCGAGAUGUUCGACAAGGCCAGCCUCAAGCUGGGCCUGGACAAGGCCGUGCUGCAGGACAUCAACCGCAAGGGGAGCACCAAUGGGGUGCAGCAGCUCUCAAAGAUGGAGGUCGAGGACUUGCUACGGAAAGGAGCGUACGGGGCUUUAAUGGAUGAGGAAGAUGAAGGCUCCAAGUUCUGCGAGGAAGAUAUCGAUCAGAUCCUGCAGCGCAGAACCCAAACGAUCACUAUCCAGUCGGAAGGGAAGGGCUCCACCUUUGCUAAGGCCAGCUUUGUCGCUUCAGGGAACAGAACUGACAUUUCCUUGGAUGACCCCAACUUCUGGCAGAAGUGGGCUAAGAUAGCAGAGCUGGACACGGAUGCGAAGAAUGAAAAGGAGAGCUUAGUGAUCGACAGGCCCCGUGUCCGCAAGCAGACCAAGCACUACAACUCCUUCGAGGAGGAUGAGCUGAUGGAGUUCUCGGAGCUGGACAGUGACUCCGACGAGCGGCCCACGCGCUCGCGGCGCCUCAAUGAGAAGACGCGGCGCUACCUGCGGGCCGAGUGCUUCCGCGUGGAGAAGAACCUGCUCAUAUUCGGCUGGGGGCGCUGGAAGGAUAUCCUGACCCACGGACGGUUCAAAUGGCACCUGAACGAGAAGGACAUGGAGAUGAUUUGCCGGGCCCUCCUGGUCUAUUGCGUCAAACACUACAAGGGAGAUGAGAAGAUUAAGAGUUUUAUCUGGGAUCUGAUCACUCCGACGAAGGACGGCCAGAACCAGGCCCUGCAAAAUCACUCAGGGCUGUCAGCCCCAGUGCCCAGGGGCAGGAAGGGGAAGAAGAUGAAGAACCAGAUGCUGCUCCCUGAGAUAAAGAACGCGGACUGGCUGGCCAGCUGCAACCCCGAGAUAGUCCUGCACGAUGACAGCUACAAAAAGCACCUGAAACAGCACUGCAACAAGGUGCUGCUGCGGGUGCGAAUGCUCUACUAUCUGAAAGCUGAAGUGCUGGGAGAGGUGGCUGACAAAGCCUUCGAAGGGAUCCCGGCCAGGGAGCUGGACGUGCUGCUGCCGGACAUCGACUACAUGGAGAUCCCAGUGGACUGGUGGAAUGCAGAGGCCGAUAAAUCGCUGCUUAUUGGAGUUUUCAAACACGGUUACGAGAGGUACAACGCCAUGCGAGCAGACCCAGCACUGUGCUUCCUGGAGAAGGUGGGCAUGCCAGACGAGAAGCUGCUGUCUGCGGAGCAGGGCGUCAGCGAUGGGGCACAGGAUACUGCAGAAAGAGGAAACGUUGAGAAAGAAGAGAACAGCGGAGACAGAGUGGAGGGGCUGCCACAGCAGGAGGACUCUGGGAAUUUGUGUGGAGAAGCUGCCGAGAAGCAGGAUGACAAUGUGGCAGCCCAGGAUGGCUCCGACUCAGACAGAUCCUGCUGGCCUGUCUCGUCCGCCCUCACAGCCAGACUGCGGCGGCUCGUCACCGUCUACCAGCGCUGCAACCGCAAGGAGCUGCCCCCCCGAGCCGAGAUGCUGGUGCCCAGUAACCAUGGCUACUGGCUGCAGGAGGAGAUGUUCAGGAGAGCUGCUGAGAUGGACCCGGUGAACAAGGAAAUGCAGAAAAGAUGGACGAGAAGGGAGCAGGCAGAUUUCUACCGCACUGUCUCCUCCUUCGGGGUCAUCUAUGACCAGGAGAAGAAGGCCUUUGACUGGACCCAGUUCCGAGCCAUUUCCCGCUUGGAGAAGAAGACAGAUGAGAGCCUCGAGAAAUACUUCUACAGCUUCGUGGCCAUGUGCAGGAACGUCUGCCGUCUCCCCCUCUGGAAAGAGGACGGUCCACCUGAUCCCAGCAUCUAUGUUGAGCCAAUCACUGAGGAACGUGCUGCAAGAACGCUGUACCGGAUUGAACUUCUAAGGAAGGUCCGGGAGCAAGUGCUCAAGUACCCGCAGCUCCAUGAGCGGCUCACGCUGUGCAGGCCCAGCCUGUACCUUCCUGUCUGGUGGGAGUGUGGCAAGCAUGACCGGGACCUGCUGCUUGGCACAGCCAAGCACGGACUGAACCGCACUGACUACUACAUCAUGAACGAUCCUGAGCUGUCAUUUUUGGACGCGUAUAGAAACUAUGCUCAGCACAAAAGAGCAGGUGCCCCAGGCCCAGAGAACCUGUGCUGUCUCCAUCAGAUGAACUCCAAACUCUACAGCUCCCCUUCGUACUGCCAGAUGGAAAGGACCUGUGAGUCCCUGGAGAACGAAGCUGAGUGCCAGAUCAAGCUUGAAAACCUGGAGGAUGUGCUCUCCCGGGCGGAGGGCAGCCCUCAGGACACGAGCUGCGACACAUUCCUGUCGACAGUGCGGGACAUCAUUUCCAUGAACUGUGAUGAGAGCUCCUUGCCGGACUCUCUGAUGUGCAUGAUGUACGAGGAGAAGGCGUGUCCCAGUGAGCACAGCUCUCUCGCCCGUGACAGCCCCAGCUGCACACAUGUCAGCAACAGUGCUGCUAAAUUUGCUGAGGGCAAACUAGAUGGGGAUGAGGACCCAUCCAGCUGUGAGGCUGAGGCCAUCAGAGAGACCUCCUUCCUGGAGAGCUUGCAGAUGGGCUGUGACCAAAUGGACAGUCCCAAUGAAGGCAGGGAGCUUUGGCCCUCAGCCCCAGCCAGCCAGCCCUCCAGGAGUGUCCCCACCGAGAUCAGUGAUGCCUUGCAGCGGGCCAGCCCAGGGCCUGGGUCACCUGAGCUCACCAGUGCGGAGGGGGUGAUCAGCCUAGGCCUGUACGGGCCCAGUCUCCAUACCUUGGAGAUAAAGAUCCCACCGGAGCAGAGGUUCAUGGGCCUGUUACACGAGAAAGGCUUGGAGGAUAAAUCAGUGCCAAGUCAGAGCCACAGCGAGGAAGAGGAGGAGGAGGAGAAUUCUGAGAUGGCAGCAGAUGUUGUAGAAGCAUUGAGGGGCACCCCGGAGGCCAGGACUGAUGGGGACCCCAAAGCUAAUGCGCUAGCGGGGGAGGAACCUGGUUCUAGCCUUCCUGCUCCUAAGAACACUUGCCCAGAAGUGAAUGGUGAGGCAGAGCUUUCAGGACAGGUGGCAUCGCAGUGUAACAGUGGGGCAGGGGAUGGGGAGGCCGACCACAAGAGCGCUGCAGAUCACUUGCCAGACUGGCCCAGGAGCCUCCCCCCAGCACCCAGCCCAGCUGCAGCUGCUCAGCCGAAGCUCCCGAACGCUGGGCCCGCCAGCAUGGGAGGGGAGCGCUGGGAAGCUGGCUCUGCUGCGCAGAUGGGGGGCGGUGUGGCCUGGCACCUGGAAGGGCACAAGCCGAAGCAGGAAGACGAUGAAUGUGAGAACAAAGACGAGGAAGAGAAAGAGGGCACUGGCCAGAGCCGAGAUUGUCCAGAGAAGUAUUCGGAAGAGGAGAGCAAGAGCUCUCCCUGUGCCCAGCCUGGAGAGAUGGACGAGCUGCAGGAUGCCCGUGCGCCCACCAUCGCCCAGCUGCUGCAGGAGAAGACGCUCUACUCCUUCUCGGAGUGGCCUAAGGACCGAGUGAUCAUUAACCGCAUAGAUAAUAUCUGUCACGCCGUCUUAAAGGGCAAAUGGCCCUCUUCUAGCCAGCAGUUUGAAACACAAACCCUGAUGCCCACAUCAGUGUUAGCCAGCAACGCAGGCACUAGGAACAGCUUUGCCGAGCCAGAAGCCCCGGACCCCAGCUUCAACAACGGAGUGUUAGUUGCACAGGUACAAAAGGAAAGCUUCCUGGCUCCCGCCUUUACGAAGGAUGAACAAAAGCACAGGCAGCCCUAUGAGUUUGAGCUGGAGAGAGACGCCAAACCUAGACGUCUCGAACAGUUAGCUGCCUCGCACUCCCGUCCACCUGUAGUGCUGAACGGCUGGCGGGACUCUUCAGGGAACCUGGCCAGAGCAUCCGAUGGAUCGCCAGGAAACCCCUCUCCUUUCCCCCUGAACAGCAACCUGCCCAAGUUAGGGACGGUGCACUCCCUGCAGGGGUCCCUGGGCAUGGACUUGUCUGGCAUCCUCCAGGCAGGACUAAUCCAUCCGGUCACAGGGCAGAUUGUCAAUGGAAGCCUCCGGAGAGAUGAUGCUGCCUUGAGGAGACGACGGGGCAGGAGAAAAAAUGUGGAAGGGAUGGACCUUAUCUUCUUGAAGGAGAGGAGCCUUCAAACCGGGCUGCAGGAUGUUCAGGAAGAUCAGACCCAGCCUGCACAGAGCAGCCCGCACCCGGACGGGCCGGUCACCGCUACCUCAACUCCGCAUACGGUCACAGCCACAAGCAUCCGGACAGAGAAGGCUGUUCCAAACAAGAGUCUCCUGGACUGGUUAAGACAGCAGUCGGACUACACACUCGAUGUCCCCGGCUUCAGCACAAGUUUUUCAGACAAGCCCAAACAGAGGAGGCAGCGCUGCAAGGACCCCAGCAAACUGGACAUAAACUCACUCACGGGAGAGGAGCGGGUACCUGUGGUCCAUAAGGGUACAGGACGGAGGUUAGGGGGAGCCAUGGCACCAGCAUUGAAGGAAUUGCCAAGGUGGCUUGAUGCAAACUUGGAGUAUGCUGUUGCAGCAGACUGGGCUGACAUUGUUAAGCUUUCAGGAUUCCUCCCAGAAAGCAAGUUCAAUCGUAUCCUAACUGAGCCUGUGCUCCGAGACACCGGGCCCCGUCGAAGAGGGAGGAGGCCAAGAAGCGAACUUAUUAAAGCCCCUGGUGUUGUAUCGGAUUCUUCUUCUGGAAUGGGACCGUUAUUCAUGAAUGGACUUAUUGCUGGAAUGGAUCUAGUGGGACUUCAGAACAUGAGAAACAUGCAAGGCAUCCCUUUAACUGGGCUGGUUGGGUUUCCUGCUGGAUUUGCAGCAGUGCCUGCUGGUGAGGAUGUCAAAAGCACCCUAAGUAUGUUGCCUAUGAUGCUGCCAGGCAUGGCAACUGUACCGCAGAUGUUUGGUGUUGGAGGACUUCUCAACCCACCAAUGACAACUACUUGUACUUCAACUGCUCCAGCUUCAUUAACAAGCACAACUAAAAGUGGUACAUCAAAUAUGGAAAAAGCUAAUGAGGACAAACAAAGUAGCCAGGAUGUGAAAAAUGAACCUCUGUCUGAAGACAAACCUGGUCCUAGUUCAUUUUCUGAUCAGACAGAAUCUGCAAUAACUACCAGUAGUCCUGUAGCUUUUAAUCCAUUUCUUAUCCCAGGAAUGUCCCCUGGACUGCUCUAUCCAUCUAUGUUUCUUUCCCCUGGUAUUGGCAUGACAUUGCCAGGCAUACAACAAACCAGACACUCUGAGGCAACAAAUCUAGAAAGCCAGAAGCGGAAGAGAAAGAAAGCUAAAGGGGAACCAACAAAUCCAGAACCAGAAACUGUCUCGCUGUCUGAAAAAGAAGCUGCAAACAGUCAAAACUGUACAGAGCAAACCCAAUCUUUGUCAUCAGAGAAAGAACAUGACCUACAAGUGGAAGAGAAGGAGUUAAAAGAAAUUAACAAUACCAAUUAG